UUCUGGACUGAGAGUUUUGUUCAAUGGUCCCCUCUGGGAACGUAUUUGGCAACAGUUCACAGACAAGGUGCUGCAAUUUGGGGUGGUGCCACCACUUUCAACCGUCUGAUGCGCUAUGCACAUCCACAGUAUUUGUGGCGCCCCAGGCCACCAUCUUUCUUGAGCAAGGAGAAAGAGGAAGAGAUCGCUAAGAACUUGAAGAGAUACAGCAAGAAGUAUGAGGCAGAGGAUCAGGAUGUUUCAUUGCAAUUGAGUGAGCAAGAUCGUGAAAAGCGGAAGAAGUUGAAAGAAGAAUGGGAAGCAUGGAUUAACGAGUGGAAGCGGCUGCACGAAGAGGAGAAAAUGGAGAGGGAGAAGUUGCGUGAUGGAGAAGCCAGUGACGAAGAGGAGGAAUACGAGGCAAAGGAAGUUGAAGUUGAGGAAAUAAUAAAUGUUACUGAGGAGAUUAUUCCUUUUGAAGAGAGCCAACAGUGA